GAGGGCUGGUGGGUUAGCCGGAUUUCGUAGCCACCGGGUUCAUCCAGUCUAUCUUCCUUGUCCCCGCCCCCGAAAAAAAAAUCGGCAACCCCAUCUUCGGAACGGAAAGAGAGGCGGUGCAAAAGCCUUAGCUGCUAAAUUCCAAUUCGGGUCGACGAACGCUCCCCGCGUCUCUUCUCCGCCUUCGUUUGUCCCUCGCGCCUGGGAAAGGGCGAAAUCUCCUCUCUCCAAUGGCAUCGUCGUGGUGCCUCUCCGCCGUCACCACGACCACCGCUCUCGCCUACCCGUCGCCGGCGGCGUUCGGGAGCCUGGGCCUCCGCCGCCAGAGGAGCGGAGGCCGCCUCUUCCUCUCCCCGCUUCUCCAGAGGGGCAAUAGGAGUUUCGUGGUCUGCAUGGCCCCAGAGGAAGAGAAGAUCACCCGCCGUUCUCCUCUCGAUUUCCCCAUCGAGUGGGAAAGGCCUAAGCCUGGGAGGAGACCAGAUAUAUUCCCGCAGUUCAGCCCAAUGAAAACUCCAUUGCCGCCUCCCUUGCCGGCAGACCCUCCUGAAGAGGAUGAGGAAGAGGAGGAAGAAAAGAAAGAGGAAGAAGAGGAAGAUCCUGAUAAGGAAGAUCCUGAUAACCCAGAGAAGCAGCCUUAGAUAUUCUGGGAUGCUGGUGACAAGCAAUUGAAUCAUAAUUUGUGAGGAAGGUUACUUCAAAUGUCAAUCAGAAGGGAAUGCUAAAUCCAGACCCUUGUGCUGGCCAGCCAUCUGGUUGCCAACUUUCAGCAAUUGUUUGGCUGUCAGCGGAGGUGAAAGUAUAUUAACAUCAAAAUUUUGAAGCUAUGCUUGUUGACUCCAACAUGUAUUUUUAUAGAUUAGAUUGAGAAUGUUGAUUUUCUUCAGUUUAAAUUUACUUUUUGUCAUUACGAGUUGUGUGUUAUGAAGGCCGGUAUCAUUACGGACAGUAGUGAAUAUAUUCUGCUUGGAAUAACUUAUCCAACCAUGUUGUUGGUUUGUCAGUGUUUAAUGUAGAAGGCUGAACUUCCAGAGCGAUUGAUAUAUUCACUUACACUCAGGAAUAUUGAGA